UUUACCUCAAUCGAUCAGAAAGUGAAAGUAGCAUGGUGACUAUUCCGAGUGCUGUUGUUGUAAUCAGUGGAAAACGGAAGACAGGGAAGGAUUAUGUGGCAAACUUACUCCAAGAAAGAUUUUCUACAGAGCUUUGUGCAGUUUUAAGACUGUCAGGCCCUCUGAAAUCACAGUAUGCAAAGGAGAAUGGACUUGACAUUGCAAAACUUUUGGAUUCCUCACAAUAUAAGGAAACUUAUCGGAAAGACAUGAUACAAUGGGGAGAGGAGAAAAGGAAUGAAAACCCAGAAUAUUUCUGUAAAUUAGCAACAUCUGGAGCAGAAUCAGAAAGAGACAUUUGGAUAAUCAGUGAUUCCAGAAGAACUACAGACAUAGAAUAUUUCCUAAAAUAUUAUCCAAAGAAAACUUUAACACUCCGCAUUGAAGCAUCUCAAGAUGUGAGGGAGGAAAGAGGUUUUGUUUUCAAACCAGGUGUAGAUGAUGCUGAGUCAGAAUGUGGACUGGAUUCGUACACAGACUGGGAUUAUAUGAUCAUUAAUAAUGAGAGCAGUGAUAAAUUAGGGCAAGGACUACAACCCUUGAUCCAAGAUGUCAACAAACUACUCCAACUUAGCAAAAAUUAAAGCAUAAUAUACAUUAGAAUAUCUUUUGUUUGUUUGAGUUAGACAUGCUGCAAUGUAUGAAAUUAAUGUAAUGGUGUGUUCAGUUAAACUAUGUAUUGUGCUGAAAAUGUGUUUAGUAUUUUAGCUGUCAUCCAUUUACAAUUUGUUUUGUGAUAAAAACCAAAAUUGAAAAAAAACGGAAUUAAUUUUGAUGUCUGACUCAAAACACAUUAUUCAAUUUUAACAUUUUCCAUGUCUUUGUUCACACAGCGUAAGACUCUAGCCAACUGUCUCUAGAAAAGGGAGGCGUAUAUAUAUUGUUAAAAUGCACUCAUAUUGGUCAGUCUGAAAACUUGUUAUCAAACAAAAAAAAUUACAACAGGGGCAAAAUCAUUAACAAAUACAGUAAAACUCAACUCACUUACAAGGAAUUUGAAUACAAAACGAAGUACUAUAAACUGGUUUUAGCAACAACUUUAUUUUGUAAUUUAACAGUGAACAUAUCCGUUUUCCUUAUGUAUGGGUGUUAUGAAAGUAGGGGAGGGGAUUUACAUUAGAUCUAGUAUGAAAUACAUGUAUAAAUCAAUGUUAUUUUGAAAAAAAUAGGUGUUAUAAUUGUAACCAAAAAAAAUAAAUUAUGUAAAAUGAA